AUGCCACAUGCCGACAGGAGCCCAAGCCAAGAUACAAAACCUUACUGUAAUUUGCGUGAGGUGAAGCUACUAAGAGCACUCACUCCCUCUCCAAUCUCCCAUCCUACCAUUGAUCAACCCCUGUGCCGCGCCGUUAAUUGGACCCGGGCUCUGAAAGCCAAUCAGAGCAUCCAUUGCAGUAUCAUUCGAAGCUCGACAGUAGCCCUUCAGCGACCCUGCUCGCUAAUUCUCCAGAGCUUGCCCCUGGAUCAUCACGGUUCCUUUGCCUUUGGGCUGCUCUGCUGGGAGAACAGCACAGCACAUCAGAAUUUCGUCUCCUUGCUUGGUCCGCCUGUCGCCUCCAAAAUUUCCCAUUUCUCUCCUUGA